GAUUAAAAUAAAAUAUAUUACUUUUAAAGUUUUAGUUUGCGGUUAAAAAUUACUAAAUACUCGUUUACUUUUCAAAUUAAAAAGCGCGAAAAAAUCCUGCCUCGGCGUAUAUAUACGACUGUUUUGUUGACACAAUCUUUUUGUUGUAGUGGGUAGGUUGUCACAACAAAGUUUGGAUUGAAAAGUUACAACCAAGUUGUGAUUUUUAAACUUCAUAAUUUAUGUAAUACAAGCAGUAUAUCAGUCUGCGGAAUGAAGUGACUUCUACAUGUACAUGUUCUCAGCGUACCAAAAAUGCCAACUUUAGCUGCGGUACACUUGUGUUGGUUUUUCAAUGAGUAGGUGUGAAUACGUGACGUCGGUUCGAAUAAUAAAUGGCGAUUAAAAUUCGGAUUAAGUGCCCGCGGAGUGCUACAAAAGCAACAUACCGUUCGAUCGUCACACAACUCUCGAAUAUGACUUUUCAAGUGGCCAGUUCCCAUUGUGCCGCAAAGUAAUUUUUACCGCAAACUGUGUCGCCACAAAUAACAUUAUAUAUUGCCAUAUAGGAUCACUGCGCGCGAGCCGUGGACAUCACUUAAUUGGUGCGGGUUAUCAAGACCUUGUGUUGAAUCAUAAUUACGAGAGCUCUUGAAACCGUUGUUGUCUUGGUGAUCGUAUUUCCGUUACUGGGCCGAGGUCGCUGUUUUUUUUCUGGUAAAUAGCAAAGGAAGUCCAAAUAAUUUGUGUUUGUUUGUCGACAGUUUAGUUUGCGUAAGAAUUUCUGAUAAAUAUGCGAUAUUACGGGAAAGGAGUUUAUUUAUAUUUAAUGUUGAUUAUAGAUUCCGUGACGUCACAGAGUGAAUUGUCACUGUUUGACUCCUGCGGAGCAAACAUAACCGAGGACGAAGGUCGUAUUACUUCACCCAACUACCCGCAAGAAUACCCGAACAACGCAUUCUGUGUGUGGAAAAUAAAAACUGACGUACCCAACAUGCCGAUCCAGAUCAAUGUCAUACAUUUGGACGUUUCGCCUUCGCGAGGUUGUCAGCUCGACUACUUGAGUAUUCGCUUCUUAGGGGAACCCCCACUCCCAUACUGGGUGUGUGGCACCAAUCCCGAUGUUACUAGUAAUACUACAAGCAAUGGUCCAGUGGAAAUCGUAUUCAGCAGCAAUAAGCAUGGUACAGCAAGGGGUUUUGCCCUGGAUUUCAAAGUGCUAUCCCCAUGUCUAUCCGAUCCGUGUCUAAACGGUGGAACUUGCACUUACGAUGUGAGUUCGUACACUUGCGCAUGCGCAGAUGGUUGGGAAGGAGUAAACUGUGAACAAGAUGUGGACGAAUGCGCGUCCUUACCGUGCAACAAUAAUGGAACUUGCACCGAUAGAGUGAACGAUUUCACUUGCUCUUGCAUGGCGGGGGUUUCAGGGGACACUUGUGACGUCAUAGAGGACCACUGCGUGUUUUUGGUUCCGUGCAAAAAUUCCGGGACAUGCCAAAAUACACGAACGUAUUAUAGAUGUACGUGUAUGGCUGGAUACCAUGGCCAGGAUUGCGAAAACGAAAUCGACGAAUGCCUGUCAAACCCUUGCCAAAAUGGAGGAUCAUGCACAGAUCGGCUUGCUGGUUACGAUUGUCAAUGCGAUGACGGAAUUUCGGGAAAACACUGCGAGGUUAGGCCUACAACUACCACUGCACCGAGCACUACUAUAACUACUACAGCCAGCCCCGACGAAGUCACUACAACCACGAUACCCGAGAUACUUUGUGCUGUGGAUUCCGCAUUCCAAUGCUUGAACGGUGGAAGUUGCGUUGUACUAAACCGAGUAACAGAGACUUGUUUAUGUACUGAAGGAUACGAAGGAAAUAGAUGCGAAAAUGAAGAACUAACUUAUUUCUACGCCAUGGUUGGAACCACGGCAGGUUCUGUGAUCUGCGUCAUACUCUUGGUCGCCCUCGUGUGUUGGAUGAUUUACAAGCGAAAGCAACCAAGUGGGACCGGAGUCACAGUUUUAAAUCACCAAAACAACUCUUCUUCUCCGGACAAAUCUAUUCCUCCUGCCUCCGGAGGCCCCAAAGAAGCUUGGCCGGAGAAAAAUGGAGAACACAUAGAAAAGAAAGAGAAUUUUAUCGGCCGCAACAUGUCGCCCCAGAGCCCGACCUAUGAGUCAAUACCCAUGGAAAACGUAACAUCCCCAACUGUAAAUGAUAACGUAGCAUAUUACACGGAGUCUACCACUGUACCAUUCCCGCAACAGUUGCCACAAACAGUACCACCGUACCCUAAUAAUGUACAAGCACAUCCUGCAAACAGGCGGUUUUCUCUUCCGGUUGCUGACCCUACUCAUCAUCAGGCUAACGGUGGAACUGGUUUGAGCGUCGGAGCAGUAAUGUCAAUUUAUCAAGUUCUUAACGCUAUACAGAAUAGCAAUGGAGGUGUUCCUUCACAGCAGAGGGUCCCAGACAAGAAAUAUAAGUGGAAAUCACCAGAUCCCAAUAAAAACCGAGAGAUGUACGAUGGAGAUUUAUCAAGUCCAUUAUCAAGCGCAGAAGCUAACUUCCCAAAUAACCCAAUAAAGGGAUCGCCACCCUCCCCUGCAGGGGUUCGUAAGCGACCACCACACGCCCCACUCCGGAGUAACGAACCAGAAGUGAAGAAAAGAGCAAAACGGGUCGAGUUUUCGGAGAAUAUAAACCAGUGGCGGCAACCUGCGCCGAUAAGGGAGCCACGCAGAGGUAGUUUGAGAAUGAAUCCUUUACAGAUUAAAAGGUUCGACGACGUUCGAAGUUAUAACUACUUUGACCAAUUCACACGAGAUAUGAGCGGUCGAACUUCACUCAGACUGAACAGAGAAAACGCUUUUCUUUUCGACUGAUUUAAAAGAAGUAGUUUUACUUUUUGUUACUUUG